AUGAUGAGUUGGUGGUCGUCCUCCGCCAACACGGCCCUGGACGAACAGAUCGAGAAGGCCACAAGCAGUAGCCUAGAAGAUAUUGCCCUUAACCUCGAAAUUUCCGAUGUCAUCAGAUCCAAGACGGUUGCGCCGAAAGAGGCAAUGCGCUCCCUCAAGAAACGCAUCGGCAACAAGAACCCCAAUACACAGUUGAGCGCUUUAAACCUUACCGAUACUUGCGUUAAAAAUGGCGGUUCACAUUUCCUUGCUGAAGUCGCAUCGCGAGAGUUUAUGGAUAACCUUGUUUCGCUACUUCAGGCUGUAGGAGGCGGUGCUGUCAAUGCUGACGUGAAAUCCAAAAUCCUUGAGCUUAUACAAUCUUGGGCGGGUGCUACUGAAGGUCGCUACGAGCUUUCGUACAUCGGUGAGGUUUAUCGGACCCUACAACGCGAUGGAUACCAGUUCCCUCCCAAGAUAUCCGUGGCCAGCAGCAUGAUUGACAGUAGCGCUCCUCCGGAAUGGACGGACUCCGACGUAUGCAUGAGAUGUCGAACACCAUUUACCUUUACCAACCGAAAGCAUCAUUGCCGAAACUGCGGCAACUGUUUUGACCAGCAGUGUUCGGCCAAAGUUGUCGCUCUCCCGCACCUGGGGAUCAUGACGCCCGUGCGAGUCGAUGAUGGCUGUUAUGCGAAACUUACCAACAAGGGACAUAAGAUUCCCAACCCAUCGCUCGACCGAUCGCCGACAUAUCCCCAUAAGACACGAAGCACAUCAGCCAUGCAGCCUCGGAACGCUCGAGUUGACGAUGGAUUUGACGAAGAUCUGAAGAAGGCAUUGGCAAUGAGCCUGGAGGAGGUUAAGACCCAUUCUCACGGCUAUGCUGGACCGGCUCAGACUUCUUACGCAACCAACGGUGACGCUUCGUCGGCCAAACAAGCAGAGGAGGACGAUGCUGACCUCAAGGCCGCCAUCGCUGCCUCUCUGGCUGAUAUGGAAGAGCAGAAGAAGAGACACGCCGCGGCACUCAAGGAACAGACGUCCAGCUCUAUGGACGCUUCUGCGACCACCAACUUUGUUCUUCCCAAGAACGAUUAUGAAUUGACUCCUGUGGAGGCAGAGAACAUCAACCUGUUCUCAACACUGGUGGACCGGCUUCAGACUCAGCCACCAGGAACCAUUCUACGAGAGCCACAGAUCCAGGAACUCUAUGACAGCAUCGGUACAUUACGGCCCAAGCUGGCAAGAACUUACGGAGAGACUAUGAGCAAGCAUGAUACACUUCUCGAUCUUCAUGCGAAACUCUCCACAGUUGUUCGAUAUUAUGAUCGUAUGCUAGAGGAUCGACUUUCCAAAGCCUACAGCCAACAGAACCUUGGGGGAUAUAACUUGCCGCCGCCACGCCAGGCUGCUGGGCCGUACCCUUCCAUUCCUUCCCAGAUGCCCAGCAACCCUGCUGGUGCAGAGAGCUUUUAUACAGGUCAACAACGAGCCAGUUAUCAGGCGCCUCAACACCAGCACUACCAACAGCCACCACCGCAUGCAACACCUCAGCCUCAAUAUCCUUCUUAUGGAUCCGCGCCGGAAGCACAGCCCGGCCAAUACCCUCCUCAUCAUCAGGUGCAACGGGCCGAUAGUUGGCAAAACAGGGCGCCCUCGGCACCUCAAGAUCCGUACCAGCAGCAACAACCGCCGCAACAACCUAACGAUCCCAACCUGCAUACACAAAACUCACAACAGCCCCAGGUUCCAACUGCCAGUGACCCCAAUUCUUCAUACUAUCUUACACCCCAGCAGCCUCAGCAGACCCCUGUGGGACCAUCUGCACCUGAUGCUAAUCAGUCACCAUACCCUAACUUGCAGCAGCCUUCCCAAUAUCCUGGAGGAUCGGUAUCUGCUCCCUCACAGCCAACUCCUGGCCAAACGCCCGCUCAGGUUGCGCAACCAGUCCAGCCUGUGCAGUCUCCUCAUAUGCAACAUGCCCAGCCGCCUCAACCGUCUCAGCCUCAACCGCCCCAACCAACCCAGCAAGCACCUCACCCACAGCAGCAAGCGUACUGGCAGCCAUCUAUGCCCCAGUCACACCAACAACCACCUGUCGCACCGCAGAACUGGGCAUACGGUGGUUACACACAAGAUUCAUUCCCUUCAGUACCACAACAGGAGCCCGUCAAGCAACCCGUUAAGGAGGAGGCUCUCAUUGAGUUCUAG